AGCAAUUUUCAUCUUAUGAUACUCAUAGCCAGGCAAUCAAUUGACGUUUUAGGUUCAUGCUUUCCUGGAAAUAUUUUUAAAAAGUCCGCUCUUACAGAGUUACAGAAAUUCUAUAGUUCAGCUACAGAGCACUCACUUGUCGUGUGCAGAUAUGAUGUAUUUCGUAUCGAUUUGUUUAUUGUUGUAGUAUCAGGAGUCAGGACAAGGUGUUCAUUGUUAUGCACAAAAGUGCUAUUAUUACAAGUAAUACCUGCGAUGGUAAACAGCAACAAAUCUCUCAGAGAAGUGCAGGAAAACAAGAAGCCACCCAGAUUUAAGUUUAAAGAAGGCGAGAGAGUACUUUGUUUUCACGGCCCUUUGAUUUAUGAAGCGAAGUGCCUACAAACGAGGAUUGAAGAUAAAGAAAUCCAGUAUUUAAUACAUUAUGCUGGUUGGAAUAAAAGCUGGGAUGAAUGGGUAGCUGAGUACAGGGUACUUAAAUACAAUGAAAAUAAUGUUCAAAAGCAGAAGGCACUACACAAGGCUCACAAACUCGAGCCGAAGGGCAAAGGGAAGAAAAGGGUACGAAGUAAGGAUGAUUCUGGUAAGGAAGGCGAUGCCGAUGAUAGCAGGAGCUCCACACCCAUCAGAUUCACCGGUCGUUGGAGCGGAUCCGGUAACUCUUCAUCACCUGAGUCGGCCAGUGACAGCCCCAAAAAGAAAAUGUCAAAAGUCGACCCUACAAUUGAAACUGAGGCACAGUUUUCAUCCCGCCUUGAAAUUAAAAUCAAACUACCAGAUGAACUAAAACCUUUACUAGUUGAUGACUGGGAGAACAUUCUUGCAACCAGGUUGGUGAAAUUACCAGCCAAAAUCACCGUAGACAAAGUGUUGGAAGAUUACCUCAAAGCCAUGUCGGCUGUUAAAAACUACAUCAACCCAGCUCAAAAGGAGACUGUAAGGCAGGAGGUGGUUCGUGGAAUCAAAGAUUAUUUCAAUGCUAUGCUUGGUUCUCAGCUUUUAUACGAGAUAGAACGGAAACAGUUUAAUGAAGUAAUGAAGGAACAGUCAAGCAACACACAACCCAGUGCUGUCUAUGGACCUAUUCAUCUCUUAAGGUUUUUCGUUAAAUUGGGACAAGCAUUAAUAUAUACAAAGUUGGAUGAGAAAGGAGUCCAAUUUCUUUUAACUCAUCUUAAUGAGUUUUUAAGGUUCGUAUUAAAGAAUGCCCAGUCAUAUUUUAGCCUACAAGAUUACGGUCCUCCCAAAGCAGAUGUGCCACAACAGCAUUAAUUUUUUCAAGUUUUAUUUAGAUGUCAUGUACAUAGGUUAAAUUAUAAAGUAUGAUUGUUGAGUUUUGAUCAGUUAGUAGUGGUUCCUUUUUAAUGUAGAAUUAUUCAAUGGCAUAUAAAAUUCUACUACUAUAUUACUAUUAUUAUUUUAAUUUAUAGCAGUUUUAAAUUUUAAAAAUAAACCCUGAUUUUAGUGAACAGUGAAAAUGUGGUUAGUUUUUACCCUCUCGUACCAUAAAUAAAUGGAAUUUCAAAAAUUGAAACAAGCAAUAAGCAUUAACUAAAAUGUUUAUAUAAUCCAAAGUAUAAAUCAUUACUUUAAUUAAAGCAAAUUAUUAACUUGUAUAACAUUUUUGAAAUGUGUGCACUUUUUAUCUAGCUUUCUUGUCUAAAUGUGAUCUCAUUUAACCAACAUGAAGAUCUUUUUUUAAAAAAUGGUUCUAGUUACAGAUUGGUUGUUUACAACGAUUCAGAUUUUGAGCACUAAACGCUCAUCAUGAGGUUGAAGUAGUCUCUUGACAUUAAUUGUAUGAGUCUAUCUCUUACAAUUUAUUUCAGGGGACGUGCUUGUAAUUCUUCAACCUCAUGAUGAGAAUUUAAUUCGCAAAAUCCAGAUCAUUCUAAAUAACAAAUCUAUGAAUAGAACCAUCAUUUACAAAAAGUCAAUGUACAUAAUCACCCCACCAUCUUCAUUUCUAUUAACAUGAUAACUUGUUUUUUAGAUGUCUUGUUUGAAACAUUUUUGAUAAAUUUAUGAAGAGAAUGUGUGAAAAUACGAGAUAUUUGCUUACAGUUUAGAUUUGUUUUCUUUUGUAUUAUGUUGAUUUUUAAAAAAUCAUUUAUAAAUAAAAACCUGUAUUUUUAUUUAUUGUAUUUUUAUUUUUGAAAAGAAGUUCAAACUUCCGGUUCUAAACCAUGUAAAUUUUUGAGCCGACUAGUUUUUCGUUUUUCCAAACUGUUAUAGUAUAUUUUCUCAUAUAAUAAAACAAUAUUUUUGAUAAAUCUACAUUGUGUUGUUUAACUGUUUGUAAUUUACAAAAGGAAAAUUUUACUUGUUAUAAAAUUUGUAAAAGCCCUAUUUGUUUGUAC